AUGGGGCACCCAGGUCCCCGCAAUCUCAGCUGCGUCUCCUACAAGCACCCCAGUGUGCGGGGGGGGCUGGGGGGCGCGGGGGGGGCCACGGCGCGGACCGUGCGCUGCCCCCCCGGCCAGUGCUGCAUCGGGAUCUGGAACCAGAGCCACGCGCUGGUGCAGGGCUGCUGGGGGGGCGGGGGGGCCGCCUGCCCCUCUGCCCUGUGCACCCCCAGCCCCGCGGGGCCCCCCGGCGGCGCCGUCCUCGUCUGCCUCUGCCGCGGCCACCUCUGCAACGGCAACGGGAGCGGCCCCGGGAGCGGCCCCGGGAGCGCGGCGCGCCCGGCGCCGGGGGGGGCCCGGCACGGACCCGGGCUGAGACGGGCCAGGGCCCACAGGGGGCGGCCGCCUCGGGGGACCGGGCCCCCCCCCGAGCCCCCCAGCCCGGAGCUGCCUGCGCUGCGCUUCCUGCAGGUGCUGCAGCGGGGCCGGUUCUCGGCGGUGUGGCGCGGGUCCCUGCGCCACCGGCCCGUGGCCAUCAAGGCGUUCGCGGCGGGCGGGGCCGAGCGGUUCGCGGCGGAGCGCGCGGUGCACGCGCUGCCCCUCAUGGAGCACCAGAACGUCGCGCGGCUGCUGGGGGCGCGCGGGGCGGGGCCGCGCGCCGGGGGGGGGCUCCUCGUGCUGCAGCUGUACCCCGCGGGCUCGCUGCGGCAGUUCCUGGCGCAGCACGUGGGCACAUGGGCCGGCAGCGUGCGCCUCGCGCUGUCCCUGGCCCGGGGCUUGGCCUUCCUGCACCAGGAGCUGUGGCGCGAUGGCCUGUACAAGCCCAGCGUGGUGCACCGGGACCUGAGCAGCCAGAACGUGCUGGUGCGGGACGACGGCACCUGCGCCAUCGGCGACUUCGGGCUGGCGCUGGCGCUGCCACCGCGCACCCAGGGGGGAGCCGCGGUCCCGCGCGGGGGGCCCAUCCGCAAGGCGGGCACGCAGCGGUACUUGGCCCCCGAGAUCCUGGACGAGAGCCUGGACCUGCGCGCCUGGGGCCGGGCGCUGCGACAGGCGGAUGUGUACGCGCUGGCGCUGCUGCUCUGGGAGAUCCUGUCCCGCUGCCAGGCCCUGAGCCCCGGCGCCCCGGUGCCCGCGUUCCGGUUGGCGUACGAGGCCGAGCUGGGCGCCAGCCCCACGGGGGCGCAGCUCCGCCGCUUGGCCGUGGACGAGCGGCGCCGGCCGCUGAUCCCCCCCGCCUGGCACCGAGCCCCCCAGGUCAGCCCCGGCCCGCACCCAUGGGGGUGCCAUGGGGUGCUCAUGGGCAGGGGGUACACCCGGGGGGGCGCUGCCGGAGCUGCUCGAGGACUGUUGGGACCCCGACCCCGAGGCGCGGCUCUCGGCCGAGCGCGUCCUGCAGCGGCUGCAGCGCCUGGCGCAGGGCCACGCCCCCCGCCCGCUUCCUGCCGGGCGGGGCCAAGGUCGGAGCGAAGGCGGAAGGUCCUGGAGCUGGCCCCCCCAUGUGGAACCCGAAUGCAGGGCCACCGCCCCCCAACCCCCUGCACCCCCCAAACCCCGUGUGCCCCUCCCCACUUCCCGGGCCCGUGCUCCCCAACCUCGUGCCCACCCCCCCCCCACCGGGGGGGCCUGGGCACCCCUCGUUUCCCCCUGGGCCCCCCCCCCCGGGGCCCCCCCCCUCCUCCAUGGGGCCCCCCCCGGGGUGCCCCCCCCCCCCCCAUGGUACCUCCCCCACAUCCCCCCCCCCCGGGGCACCACGUCCCCCCCCCCCGGGGUGCCCCCCCCAUUUCCAUCCCCCCCCCCGGGGUACCCCCCAUGUACCCUCCUGUGCUGGACAAGAAAGCAGAGAAGAAGAUGAGGAAGAAGAUGAAGAAGGCUCACAAGAAGCACAAGCGCUCUUCAUCCUCCUCCUCCAGCAGCGACUCCGACUGAGGCCCCCGUCGGGGGCCAAUGGCCACCUCCUGCCGUGGCCACCCGUGUCCAGCCGUGACCAUCCCGUGUUCUCCCGUGACCGCCCCGUGUGCCCCCAGCCCCCUGGGACCACCCGUGUCCAUGGCCAGGCAUGACCACCCGUGUCCGCCUGGGAUCUCGUGUGUCCAUCCAUGACCAUCCAUGACCAUCCGUGACCAUCCAUGACCAUCCAUGAGCUUCUGUGUCCACCCAUGACCGUCGCUGGGAAGACCUCCCAUGACCACCAGUGUGAAGCCAUGACCACCCAUGACCACGUGGGACCUGCAUCUAUGACCAUGCAUGACCAGCUUCUGUGUCCACCCGUGAGCUUCUGUGUCCACCCAUGAGCUUCCGUGUCCACCCAUGACCACCCGUGACCUUCAGCUGGGACCUCCCAUGUCCAGCCACGACCACACAUGACCAAGCAGGACCUCCCGUGUCCACCUGGGAUCUCAUGUGUCCGUCCAUGACCACUCGUGAGCUCCUGUGUCCACCCAUGACUGUCCCUAUGAAGACCUCCCAUGACCACCAGUGUGAAGCCAUGACCACCCAUGACCACGUGGGACCUGCAUCUAUGACCAUGCAUGACCAGCUUCUGUGUCCACCCGUGUCCAGCCAUGACCACACAUGACCACACAUGACCAAGCAGGACCUCCCGUGUCCACCUGGGAUCUCAUGUGUCCAUCCAUGACCACGCGUGACCGACCAGGACCUCCCGUGUCCUGGUGCCCCCCAUGUCCCCUCACCCCGCAGGCAGGCCCUGGGUGCUGGGGGGUGCUGGGGGGCGCUGGGGGGUGCUGGGGUGCCCCCUCUGUCCCCCAAUAAAGCCCUGGGACCCCCC